CGGCUGUCAAGUUUGUUUGUUUGUUUACUUUUCUACAGAGCGGCAAUCUGCAUGUGCGUAUUUUCUGCUGCAAUUUUAGCUCAGCAAUGACUUUAUCAAAAAAUUUGGAGAAAAAAAUCGCCAAGAAAAUUAAACGCUGUCAGCUGUUAAUAGAAAAAGAUGCAGAAACACAAUUUAGCGAUGAACCAACUGAGUUUAUUGUAAUCUGCAAUGCAGGCCUUUCGACGGGUUUACAGCAAGAGGCUCUACUAACGGAAGCUCUACAGCAUGGACCAAUUCGAAAGGUGCGAUUUCCUCCCGGCAAAUCGUACUCCUUUGUGCAAUGCACAUCCAAAGCUAGUGCCGAAGCUAUGUAUACGGCACUAAACGGUGUUUCUACGUUGGGUCAAGACGGAGCCGUAUUGCUAUUGGCGUUUUGUAAUGCACUACCUCCGUGUCUGGAUGAGCCAUGGAGUAAUGAUCUACCUGGUGGCUUGAUUCUGGAACGUGAUUUUAUCGAUGAAACGAUGGAAAAUAUCCUAUUGCAGGCGGUGAAUUGUGACGAUAGUGAAGAAACCAACGUGCAGCUAAAUAAGACCCUCAAACACCGCAAAGUGAAACAUUUUGGAUAUGAAUUUGUCUACGGCACGAAUAACGUAGAUAAGACGAAACCUCUGGACCGAAAAAUACCAUUCGUCUGUAACGAGCUGUGGAAUAGGUUGCAGAUCCUUCAUCCCGAGCUGCGCUGGCACAUUCCCGAUCAGCUCACGGUGAAUCAAUACGAUCCAGGACAGGGUAUACCGCCACAUGUAGACACUCACAGCGCAUUCGACGAUCCGAUUCUAUCCCUCUCGCUUGGAAGCGACAUUGUGAUGGAAUUUAAACAACCCUCUUCCGGGAAACAGAUAUAUGUAGAUUUACCAUCCAGGUCACUCCUAAUAAUGGCGGGCGAGAGCCGAUACGAUUGGACGCAUGGUAUAACGCCCCGCAAAAUGGACACGAUACCAUCUCCAAAUGGCGACUUGACCGUGCGAAAGCGAAAGCUACGAGUUUCGUUAACGUUUAGAAAAUUGCUUCCGAACGACCGUUGUGCCUGUCCGUUUCCCAGGCUUUGUGACACGGCGCAACAAUCAGCAGAUGAGCAGACAAAUCUUCUCGAAUGUCACGCUGCCCAGGUAGAAGCACAGAACGUUCAUCGGGUUUACAAUGAGAUAGCGAAACAUUUCAGUGACACACGACACUCACCAUGGCCAAAGGUAGAAGCUUUUGUGCAAUCAUUAUCGGACGGAGCUGUUUUGCUGGAUGUUGGAUGCGGCAAUGGAAAGUACCUAGCUUCGAGCGGACGUGCUCUAUUGUUGGGAUGUGAUCGCAGUGAAGGUUUACUGCAGGUUUGUGUUGAUCGAGGAUUUAAUGUACUGCAGUGUGAUUGCCUCGCGGUGCCUUUUCGUGAUGAAUCAGUCGAUGCCUGUAUCAGCAUUGCAGUCAUUCACCACCUAGCAACCGAUCAGCGAAGAAAGCAAGCCAUUUCGGAGAUGAUACGCGUGCUACGCCCCGGAGGUAAAGCGCUAAUUUACGUUUGGGCUAAAAACCAGGAAGCUAAUGCAAAAAAGUCCAGCUAUUUACGGCAGAACAAACACAACAACAAACCUAACGCCGAAAACGAACCUUCGAAGGAUAGUGGUCAGGUAGUGCAAGCAGAACAAGUGAUCGCUGGAGUAAGCGAUUGCAUGCUACCGGUGCACACGAACCGGACGCAGUUUCAACACCAAGAUUUGCUCGUACCAUGGAAACUACGAACGAACGAUUCGAUGGAAAAGACCACAUUUCUGCGGUACUAUCAUGUAUUCGAAGAACACGAGCUGGAAAAGCUUUGUCUGGCUAGUAGCAAAAAUCACGUCGAACUAAUAGAAAGUUAUUACGAUCAAGGGAAUUGGUGCGUAGUGUUGGAAAAGCGUGGUCGCUAAACUUUGUCCUACGUUCACUUAUACGUCGCCGACGUCUUCAUCCCCUGCUUUGACUACGCUAUAAAACUGUACCAGCUCAUCGUACGAAUAGUUUUCGAGCAAUUCGAUCAGCUGUGGUAGCUUCGUUUUCACGUUC